CGGAGGAGGAUGGCCGAAGUCAUUUCGACGCAAGACGCUCACGAGUCGAUUCAACGAUGUUCUGGAGCGCAUUAAUCGGUCUGAGGGUGGGAAGCCAAGCAAACGGUACCUCCAGAGACGGAAGCUUGCUCUGCUCGCUGAUCGACAUGUGUCGAUGCGUAGGCCGAGAGCCGGGUGUCACCGUAUCUCUGGAGCUCUCGUCAACUUGAGAAGACGACCUGACUGAAUGUUAUAAGAGGUCGAGGAGCCAAUCACUUCUAUCAGUCCCUCCUCCCUCAUCACAUUCUAUACCUCACUCAGGACACCCUUCUCCCAACCCUCACCCACCCCUCAUCCACCUCAGCCCACUAUGCGCUUCACCCUCGCCGUCCCCCUCCUCGCCCUCGCCGGCGCAGUCUCCGCCUCCCCCAUCAAGCGCGAGAGUGACGUUGACGCCGUAGGCACCGGUCUCUGCUACCUCGAAGCCGGGUUGGGCGUCACCUCUCUCACCGACUUCCUCGACACAGAACUGGGCGGCGCCAUCUCUGCUCUCGAGAAGAUGCUGGGCGUCACCAAGCUCGAGGAGUCGAUCGGCCUCUCUGGCUGCAAGACUGACGGACUCUCGGACGUCGAGCUCGUGGGCAAGUCGCUUUGCUACCUGGAGAAGGGACUCGGCGUGACUUCCACGUCUGACUUCCUUGACUCGGAGCUCGGCGGUGCCGUCAGCGCUAUCGAGGACAAGCUCGGUGUCACGUCCAUCGAGGACGCUAUCAAGGCCACCGACUGCUAGGCUAGCAGUGCGAUGUAUU